AUGUCAGAGGACAAUUCGUGGCGAACAACUCUACCCCCCUCAUCCGCAACAACCUCGACAGAAACGACUGUAGUUAGACCAGAUACAUUAAAUAUUGGUGCUACUACCAUAUCUAUGGACCUCCUAACCCCCCAGUUGCUUCAGUUCUUGCAAAACUGCCAACCGGCCGCAGCCUCUACAACUUCUACCCCUGACGCGAAGGUUCUCGAUGCUUCAUCCACCUACCUAUCCGCUCUGGAUAGAGAGUAUCGCCUUCGCACUAGCAACACAGCGACGAGCAAUCACCGAAAUCACCGUUCUGGUAGCGCUCAGCUCAUUCUGCCUUCACUAACUCUGCUCCACUGGAUUCCUACGGCACAAACUUUUGCAUCCGCUCGGCUUGCCUCGAUGGGGAUAAUCGAUGACCGGUACGGUGUCCUAGUAUCGAUCGCGUCAUUUAUCCAACUGAGUCUGCAACCCUCCAACGUUCCAUGGUCACUGAGAGGAGAUGAGGCGCACCAUUAA